AUGUAUGAUAUUUGCAGACCAAAACAUCAUCGAAGAAUUCAUCAAAAUCAUCAAUGUUUAUCAACAUCUCAAAAGUCAACAAGAAAGUUGUCUAAUGUUAGCCAAAACAACUCUGAACCUAUUUUUCAUCAUAUCGUUAGUGCUGAAACGAAGAAUCAUCGAAACAUUAGUCUAUUUUCGAAUCCAAAAUCUGAUCGCAUUUAUAUUACUACUAUGAAUAUAUGCACAGUACACACUGUUGACACGAAUAAAUCUAUCAAUCCAGUUUUUCCAUCCAUUGAAGAACGAACAUUAAUUUGUUAUUGUGAUGGCAGUUACUCUCAUUGUAUGAAAAUAGGUCAUUUUGGUUUUCGAGCUUCUAAUGGAAAGUGCAGUAUUCGUUUCAUUUCUCCUCAUGAUCCGAAACAUGGUAGUACAGACACAGAAGUUCAUGCUGCAUGUCUCGCUAUUCAAUAUGGAUUAGGCAAACAAUACAAUGAACUGAUUAUCUAUACAGAUAACUCUAAAGUAGAACAACUUCUUAAACGUCCUACAAAGAACGAUGCUAUUUCAUAUUAUAAUAUUUGUGAAAGUCUGAAUAGAUUUCAAAAGCAAAAUCAUAAUAAUUCUAUUCAGGUGAUACAAGUUCGUGGACAUACAUCAAUAGAUGAACAACAAAAAUGUAAAACAAAACACAAAUUCGCAAAAAUCGAUCAAGCUGUAAGAAAAAAAACUCGUCAAUAUAUAAAAAGACGACGGUGCAUUAAUAUUGAGCAAACAUCUUAUUAUUGGUAUCAAUAUAUUCAUUAUCCUUAUUUUCCAUGUACAUAUCGAGUUCUUCAGUAUUAUAUUUAA